GUCAAUUUGAAAGGACAGGAAUUUUAUGUGGUAGUUGUGUCCAAAAUUUGAGCGCAAUUCUUGGAAUAUCACAGUGUUGGUCAUGUUCAAACAAACCUCUCAUCCUAUUUGCACUAGCUGGAAUUGUUCUGAUUUUGUUUCUAACACUGUCCAACUUGAUAGUUUCUGAAGGGAAACUGAGUGGAAUAAUAUUCUAUGCAAACGUAGUGCAUUUAAGUGUUUCGAUCUUUAUUCCUAGUACCAAGCACAAUCACGCUCUUUCCCUUGUGUUAAGGAUAGCUAUUGCAUGGUUAAAUGUAGACUUUGGAUUAUCAGCAUGCUUGUACGAUGGGAUGGAUGAAUACGCAAAAGCUUGGCUUCAGUUUGCAUUUCCUCUAUACCUGUGGUUUCUUGCUGGGCUAAUUGUGAUCCUGUGCAAUCGAUACGUGUCAUAAAGUGGGACACUUGCAAAAGAUGUGUCGAGCUGCCAAGGGACGCCCAAACCCGAAGAAGUUCCCCCGACAUGACAAGUAUAAGAAAAGGGCUGGAAUAAACCAAGCAAGAGAGUCUGGAGAAUCAGAUGACGAAGACUUCCUGCUGAUGGUAGAAGAAGUUGGAGGAAUCCACAGGAUCUACCAGCCCCCAAUAAAAGUACCCGUGAGUAUAGAGGGUACUACUGUGUGUAUGGAACUAGACACAGGUGCCUCAGUAUCUCUAGUAUCAGAGUCACAGUACAAACAGUUGUGGCCAGGGAGGAGCUUAGACCCAUCUGAUAUCAACUUACAGACCUACUCAAAGGAACCCCUUGUAGUAAUGGGAAGUUUUGAUGUUGAGGUUGUGUAUGAUAACAAAAAGGUGACCUUACCUCUUGUUGUUGUUCAAGGGAAUGGACCUUUGUUGUUUGGCAGGAACUGGCUAAAUGCUAUUAAGUUGAAUUGGUCUAACAUUCACUAUACCCAAGCUCCAGGUUUACAGGACUUACUGGCCAAGUACCCCGAUGUGUUCCAGAAAGGACUAGGUACGUACCAGGGACAAGAAGCCUCCCUUGUAGUGGACGCUGAUGCUGUUCCCCGUUUUAACAAAGCCAGACGUCUUCCAUAUGCUAUGCGAACGAAAGUUGAAGAGGAACUGGAGAGGCUGGUUCAGGAAGGCACUCUGAAGCCCGUGGACUAUGCUGAAUGGGCCGCACCAAUUGUGGCAGUGUUAAAGAGUGAUCGAACGAGUGUGAGAAUAUGUGGCGAUUUUCGAAUGACAGUUAACCCCGUUUCUAAACUCCAUCGUUACCCCCUGCCGAAGGUGGAAGAUUUAUUUGCAACCCUGGCUGACGGAAAGAUCUUUACUAAAUUAGAUCUGACACAAGCUUAUCAACAGUUAAAGCUUGACACCCAAUCUCAGAACUAUGUGGUAAUCAACACCCUAAAAGGGUUGUUCCAAUACACGAGAUUACCUUUUGGAGUGUCAUCAGCCCCUGGCAUUUUUCAGAAGACCAUGGAGACCCUGCUACAGGGUAUUGCUGGGGUAGUGGUGUAUUUGGACGACAUUUUGAUCUCUAGUGCAACCGAAGCGGAGAACCUGAAAUCACUCGAGGAAGUGUUGAAACGCCUAUCCGAAGCUGGUUUGCGAGCCAAACGAGGCAAGUGCACGUUCAUGGCUCCAUCUGUCGAGUUUUUGGGUCACCUGGUUGACGCUAAGGGUAUCCGACCCUUACCUGAGAAAGUCCGUGCUGUCCAGCAAGCACCUACCCCUACCAAUGUGACGGAACUGAGGUCCUACAUUGGAUUGAUUUCUUAUUAUGGGAAGUUCCUACCGAAUCUAGCCACUCGCUUAACACCAUUGUACAAGCUGUUAAACAAAGAUGUGCCAUGGGAAUGGUCAUCUGAGCAAGAACUUGCUUUUAACAGGUCGAAACAGCUGCUGACAUCAACAAAUCUGUUAGCUCAUUACAACCCCCAAUUACCUAUUGUUCUGGCCUGCGAUGCCUCUGCAUACGGAAUUGGAGCCGUACUUGCUCACCAAAUGCCUGAUGGUACCGAGAGACCGAUAGCCUAUGCUUCUAGGACUUUGAAUUCGGCUGAAAGAAAUUACUCGCAGCUUGAAAAGGAAGGACUGUCCUGUGUUUUCGGAGUAAAGAAAUUCUAUGCAUACCUAUUUGGUCGAAAAUUCACUCUAAUUACGGAUCACAAACCGUUAUUGAGCCUGCUGAGUGGACAGAAACCAACCUCAUUACAAGCCUCCGCAAGGAUUCGUCGAUGGUCAUUGGCACUGUCGAUGUACGAGUACGAGCUGAAGUUCCGAAACACUACAGCUCACGGUAAUGCAGAUGCUUUGAGUCGUCUGCCCUUAACUGACACUGUUCCUGAUGACCGAACACCACCAGAACUGGUGCUCUUACUGGAACAUCUCGAUUCCUCACCGAUCACGGCUGCACAUAUCAAAGAGGCUACCAGACGAGACCCAGAACUCUCUACUAUUCACCAGUAUGUGCAACAAGGAUGGCCACACCGUUCCGCCAUGGAAACCAGUCUAAUGCCCUUUUAUGAGCGACGAGAAGAACUUUCAGUACAUGAUGGUUGCUUGCUGUGGGGAAAUCGUGUGGUGGUACCCAAGACCUACCGAGGUGAUGUGCUCGUACAACUGCACGAAGGACAUCCUGGCACCACUCGCAUGAAAGGACUAUCGCGUAUGUAUGUGUGGUGGCCUGGUAUUUCGAAAGACGUCGAAGAGACGGUACAAGAUUGCAUUCCCUGUCAACAACAACAGUCAAAACCACCUGUUGCCCCACUCCAUCCUUGGGCUUGGCCUACACGCCCGUGGGCCAGAUUGCAUAUCGAUUAUGCUGGUCCCAUUCACGGACAAAUGUUUUUGAUUAUCAUUGAUGCCCAUUCAAAAUGGAUUGAAGCAAUUCCAACAUCUGGCUCGACAUCCCGAGUAGUGAUCGAAGAACUACGGUUUUUGUUUUUUCAAUUUGGCCUACCAGAGUGUGUUGUGUCUGACAAUGGCACAUGUUUCACUAGUGCAGAAUUCAAAGGAUUCCUGAAGAAAAAUGGUAUCAACCAAAUUCUGUCUGCCCCUUAUCACCCCUCUACAAAUGGCCUGGCUGAACGAGCAGUGCAAGUAGUUAAGAAGGGACUUAAGAAGGAAACAAAAGGUUCGAUGCGCAGUAGACUUGCAACGGUGUUAUUUGCUUACAGGUUAACUGCACAGUCAACCACUGGACAAUCCCCAAGUGAACUUUUGUUAGGUCGUCGACCACGAUCUCGUCUAGAUCUGCUUAAACCGAACACAGCAGAGAGAGUUGAACGUCAACAAGCAAAACAGGUGAAACAACACGACAACCGUGCUCGCGAAAGAAGUUUUGAGCCCGGAGAUCUGGUGUAUGUCAGAAAUUACCAGUCAGGAAAUCGUUGGUUACCGGGUGUGAUACAGGAAAAGACAGGACCAGUAUCGUUUCGAGCGAAGAUGCAGAAUGGUCAAGUGCGAAGGUGUCAUGUGGACCAGGUUCGGAACCGAACAGUAGACGAACCUACCGAGCCAGAAGAGGUCCCUAUUCCGAAUGCAAUUCUUCCUGACGAAUUGACCACACCGUAUGCACCUCAAGCUGAUAGUACUCCUGGAAACAGCUCCCCUUCACCUGAAGUUGGUGUAGAACCACCUGUCGACGCCCCUAGUCAAGGUGUUGUCUCAAAACCUGCAACUGCGAUUAAAGUAUACCCUAAGCGUAACCGUAAGACUGUGGAUCGAUAUGAACCUAAAUGGUAGUUAUUGAUUGGAAACUGGUAUUUUAUUGGUAUUGUUUUGUCAUUAGUUGGAUGAUUUUUGUCAUUAGUUAAUUUUGUGAGUCCUCACUAAAGGAAGGAGGAAUGUUGUGGUUUAGUUUACUUCCUGUUCUAUGUGUACUAUUUAUGUACGUGUGUUCUCAAUGUUUUUAGUCUCUAUUAAA